AAGAUUAAAUGAUGAUGUUUCCAAAAAUAAGAGUAAGAAAAAUAAGAUCAAAUAUUCCACAGAUGCUUCUUCUAAUUCAGAUACUUCAGACAGCGUUUUAAGUAAUUCUUCCACAUCUAGUUCGGAAAAAGAAGUUACACAUGCGCAUAAGACUAGAGCAGUAAAGAAACGCUCUAUUCGAAAGGGUAAAGUAAAAGGGCAAAGCCCAUUGCAAAGCCUCAGUGGAGCGAUGUCAUAUGUUUUAAAUCCACGAAUCAGAGAUCAGCAUAGAAGUAUUUUGGUACUAACCAACUCACUAACUGCACCUAUUGCAGAGCAAUGA